GUUGCCUUCGGUUGUUGCUCAGUGACCGGGCCCUGAAGGAAGGGUGUGGGAUGCACUACAGCUCUCUGCACUUUUCCAGGAGCAGAAGAGAAUGAACGCAUCCCAGGUGUCGGUGUUGUUUGAGGAUGUGUCUGUGGCCUUUACCCAGAAGGAGUGGCAGCUGCUGGAUCCCAGUCAGAGGCGCCUAUACCGGGACAUAAUGCUGGAGAACUACGGGCACCUGGAAUCACUGGGCCUGUGUGUCAGAAAACCUGAGCUGAUAUGCAGGUUGGAGCAAGGAGAAGAACCGUGGAUACUAAAGAGGGAGCUGGCAAGUCACAGCCACUGGGAAGUGCAGAGAACCAGUAACAUGAAAGAAAGUCAAGAAAAUGAAGAUAAAUAUUUGAGACAAGCUUUAUUCAUCAAUAACAACACACUGAUUAAGGAAAGAAGUAAGACUUUAAGAAAAAUGGUUGACUUGGCCACAGACCCAGUGCCCUCAAGAAAAAGAUCCCAUAAAUGUGACUCAUUUGGAACAAGCUUAAAAAGUGUUUCAGAAUUAAUUAUUAGCAAUAGAAAUCAUGUAAGGAAAACAUCUGAUGAUUUCAGUGGAUGUGAGUCUCUUGGCACUAAACAUGAGAACACUCACACAAGGAAUAAAGCAUGUAAAAAUGAUCAAAAGAAGAAAUCCCACAAUCCUAAUGAGGACUUUAUUCAAUAUCAAAAGAAUUCAUCUUUGGGACAACUUCUUGAAUAUAAUAAUUGUGGGAAAGCCUUUCACAGAAAGGCAGUCUUUGUUGCACUUGAGAGAACUCACACAAAAGAAAAACCCUCUGAAGGCAAUGAAUACAGACAAACCUUCAUCAGAAAGUUAAAGCUUACUUCUUAUCCAAGAACCACUUGGGAAAGGAAGCCCCAGGAGUCCAGUAAAAGUGGGAAACCCUCAUGGAUGAAGUCAAAGCAAGCUCCUCAAAAUGUUCACAUGGGGGAGAAACACUAUGAAGAUAAUACAUUUGGUAAAUCCUUGAGCGAGAAAUCAAACCUUAGCCAACGUCAGAGAAUUUCCCCAAGAGAAAAACCUGAUAGGUAUAGUAAAAAUUACAAAUCCUUCCACAGUGAAACUGACAGAACUCAUGCAGGAGAAAAGAUAUAUGGCUGUAAAAAAUUGGGGAAAUCUCUUCAUGAAAAGUCAUGCCUUACUCAACAUCAGAGAACUUUCCCAACUGAAGAACCAAGCAAGGAUGAUGAUAGGGAAGAGGCCUUAAAGAAGAAAUUACAUCUCACUAGAAGUCAGACAAUUAACACAAGAGAGAAAAAGUGUAAGAGUAAUAAAAGUGAGAAACCCCUUUCCAAGAAGUCAAAACAUAUUCAACAAGAGAGUACAGGUUCAGGGAAAAAUCGUGAUGAGGGUGAGGGAAGUGGGAAGGCCUUAAGUAAGAAGUCACACUUCAGUGAAAACCAGAGCACCCAUAAAGGAGAGGAAGCCUAUGACUGUAGUAAAUGUGGAGAACACUUCUGUAAGAAAAUAGAUCUUAUUCAACAUCAGAGCACACACAAAGGGAAGAAGCGCUAUGAGUGCAAUGAAUGUGAGAAAUCCUUCUUUGUGAAGUCCAACCUCACAGAACAUCAGAGAACUCACACAGGUGAAAAGCCAUAUGAAUGUAAUGAAUGUGGGAAGUCCUUCUGCCAGAAAUCAGCCCUCACAGUACAUCAGAGAACUCACACAGGAGAAAAACCAUAUAAAUGCAGUGAAUGUGGGAAAACCUUCUGUGUGAAAUCAAACCUUACUCAACAUCAAAGGACCCACACAGGAGAAAAACCCUAUAAAUGUAGUGAAUGCUGGAGAUCUUUCUGUGUGAAAUCCAAUCUUGUGGUGCAUCAGAGGACUCAUACAGGAGAAAAACCCUACAAAUGUCCUGAGUGUGGGAAAACCUUCUAUGAAAAGUCAGCCCUCACAAAACAUCAGCGAAUUCACACAGGGGAAAAACCCUAUGAAUGUAAUGAAUGUAGGAAAACCUUCAGCCAGAGGUCAGCCCUCACCAAACAUCAACGAAAAACACACAAGAAGAAAACUCCCAUCAACACUGCCCACAUGCAGAAUCCUGUAUUAACAAGCCAGACUCAGUGAACACCAACAAUCAGAGAGCAGAUAUUUAACAUGUCAAUACAAGUAGCAAAGUCUUCACUAAUGGUUUUAACUAAUAGGAGCUACAGA